AUGUCGGACCAAAACGACAACCUCGUCCCUCCCAAGGCCAUUGGCCUCCAAGGCAAUAGGGACUCGGUGGCCACGUCUGCCAGUGCUGAUCCGUCGUUCAAGGCUCACGAAUCCGGAUCUGCUGUUGCGCUCCCAGUCAACGAACUUCCGCGAGGCGAAUCGGAAAAGCCCAAGCGUGGAAAGCGCCCCUUGGUGCUGGCUGCGGUUGGACUCGCUGCGUUGGCGGUGAUUGUUGUGGCUGUGAUUGUGCCCGUGUACUACAAGGUCAUCAAGCCCAAAAACAAUUCCGCAGAGAGCUCAAAUGGCGGCGGAAACAGUGGUGGGAACCCCUCAGGGAACAAUCCUAGCGGUGGAGACCCCACCAACAAUGCUGCCACCUGGGGCGGCGACGGAUCGACCAUUACAAAGGAGGACGGAUCCACCUUUACGUACAACAACAAGUUCGGCGGUUUCUGGGUAUACGAUCCUACCAACCCAUUCAACAACUCGGCCCGUGCUCAGAGUUGGUCCCCUCCCCUUUCUGAGGAGUGGAAGUAUGGCGAAGAUCAUAUGCGGGGGGUCAACCUCGGCGGAUGGCUUGUACUCGAGCCUUUCAUCUCUCCAGCCCUCUACGAGCCUUACCAACCCAGUGCUCCUGGCUAUGGCGGAAUUCACGCGAUCGACGAAUGGACCUUGUGCCAGGCUAUCGCUGCCAACUCCUCGUCUGGCGGUGUUGCCAAGGUCAUCGAGGAGCACUAUGCCACUUUCAUCACCGAGGAAGACUUUGCAAAGAUCGCAGCGGCCGGCUUGAACUGGGUUCGUAUCCCCAUCCCCUACUGGGCCGUCGAAAAGUUCCCCGAGGAGCCCUUUUUGGAACGCGUAGCCUGGAAGUACUUCCUCAAGGCCAUCGAAUGGUCACGCAAGUACGGUCUUCGUAUCAACCUCGAUUUGCACACGAUUCCUGGCUCGCAGAAUGGCUUCAACCACUCUGGAAAGCGUGGUCAGGUCAAUUGGAUGCACGGUGUUAUGGGUGUCGCCAACGCUCAACGCUCGCUCAACAUUAUUCGCAGCAUCACCGAGUUCAUCUCUCAAGACCAGUACAAAAAUAUCGUUCCCUUCUUUGGUGUCGUUAACGAGGCUCAGACCAGCAGAAUUGGCAUUGAUACGAUCACCAGUUUCUACAUUGAAAUGCACGAUAUGAUGCGUAACAUUACUGGCCUUGGCAAGGGUCCCUUUAUCUCUGUUCACGACGGCUUCCAGCCUCUUGAGCGAUGGGUCGACUUUAUGCCGGGCUCUGACCGUGUCGCGCUCGAUUCUCACCCGUACUUUGCGUUUUCCGAGACCCUCGACUCGUCGCCGCUCGCUCAACAGGUUACCCGCCCGUGCAGCCGCUGGGGUGCUCGUUUCAACGGUACGAUGGACACCUAUGGCUUCGCCGCUGCUGGUGAAUGGAGUUUGGCCUUUAACGAUUGCGGUCUCUACCUGAACGGCGCUAGCAGCGGCUAUCGUUAUGACGGUACCUUGCCCUCGUACACGGGCCCUGCUAUCGGUAGCUGUGACCCGUGGUUGGAUGCCAGCAACUGGGACGACACUGUCAAGGAGAACUUGAAGCAGUUUGCUCUUGCCCAUAUGGAUGCUUUCCAGAACUACUUCUUCUGGACCUGGAAGAUUGGUGCUUCUCUGGCGACUGGCAAGGUCAACUCUCCGCUCUGGUCCUACUCUCACGGUCUCGAAAACGGAUACAUGCCCACCGACCCCCGCGAAGCUGCUGGUGUAUGCCGCAACUCGAACCCACGCGCCGGACCACUCAAGCCUUCGCAAACAUCCUACGUCUCGCAGACCAUCGCCGCCGCCGUCCGCUCGGCGCACCCCUUCCCGCCCGUGAGCCUCGCGGACCAAGCCAACGCGGCUGCUCUCCCCACGUACACCGCGACUGGCACACCCGUCACGAUGCCCGCCCCCACGUUUGCUUCUGCGACUGCCUCGGUCGGUAGCGGUUGGGUUGGGGGAAGCGGUGGGUGGGAGGGCGAUUAUGUUCCCGUUCAGGGAUGCACGUAUCCUGACCCAUGGGACGCCGAGACUGCAUCGAUUCCGGGCGCGUGCACGGGAAGCAGGCGACGAUUGGUUCGUGAGCCGCGGAUGACGCCUCCCCCCGUAGCCAAGUAG